GCGGAGAGCGCGCCCCGCCCAGCACGUGCGCAGCAGCUUCUGCAGCGCUUGCAGAAAUUGGGGCCGGAAUUCGGGAAGCGAGCCGCGACCGCGGGGCUCGUCCCUGCAGCACCGUGCGCCCCGUGAACCCGGCGGAGCAGAGCCCUUUCUAGGAGCGGUGAAGCAGGGCCAGCCUGGCUGUUUGCUGUCACCAAACCCAAUGGAGCCGACGCCGCCCCACGGCAUUCGGCUGAACCCAGUGCUGGAGCGCUAGCGGGACACGUAGCGCUGCGAGGAGCGGGCCCUGCCGGCAGCAGCAUGGCUCAGGCCACCGGGAGCAUCAACACUGACUACAGGGACUGGGAGUGGAGCGCCGAUGCUGGGGAGCGGGCCAGGCUCCUGCAGAGCCCCAGCGUGGAAGCGGUACCGAAGAGCGGGGAGAGCCAAGGGAACGGCGCCGGGGCCACGUCGGCGCUGGGUGCGGUGUUCAUCGUGGUGAAUGCCGCUCUCGGAGCCGGGCUGCUCAACUUCCCCGCCGCCUUCAGCAUGGCCGGCGGCGUGGCUGCGGGCAUCGCGCUGCAGAUGGUGAGAGCUGGGCCGGGACAGCCCCGUGUCCCACGCCUGGAGGGGAUGCGGGGCUCCCUGGAGGGGCCGUGGGGAGGAGGAGAUCCCGGGUGGGAGCCUGCUUGGGUGAGGCGCAGGGUAGGACCUCUGAGGGGCAGUAGGGAUGUUGUAUGCGUUUUGGGGUGGCUUUGGGGCCGUUGGCGUGCUGCUGCCUCACUUUGUCCCCUCCCUGUCUCUCCCUUACCCCAGUGCAUGCUGAUCUUCAUCAUCGGAGGGCUGGUCAUCCUGGCGUACUGCUCGCAGGCCAGCAACGAGCGGACGUACCAAGAGGUGGUGUGGGCGGUGUGCGGGAAGGUGCCGGGCGUGCUGUGCGAGGUGGCCAUCGCCGUCUACACCUUCGGCACCUGCAUCGCUUUCCUCAUCAUCAUCGGAGACCAGGAGGACAAGAUCAUCGCUGCUCUGGUGACGGAGCCCGAGGAAGCAGGGAGCGGCCGCUGGUACACGGACCGCAAGUUCACCAUCAGCAUCACCGCCUUCCUCCUCAUCCUACCGCUCUCCAUCCCCAAGGAGAUCGGCUUCCAGAAAUACGCCAGCUCUCUGAGCGUGAUUGGCACGUGGUAUGUCACUGCAGUCAUCAUCAUCAAGUACAUCUGGCCUGACAAGGAGCUUGUGCCUGUGGAGAUCCCCACCAGCCCCUCCACCUGGAUGGCCGUGUUCAACGCCAUGCCCACCAUCUGCUUCGGAUUCCAGUGCCACGUGAGCAGCGUGCCCGUCUUUAACAGCAUGAAGCAGCCAGAGGUGAAGACGUGGGGGGCAGUGGUGACAGCAGCCAUGGUGAUCGCUCUCUUUGUCUAUACUGGCACUGGCGUCUGCGGCUUCCUGACCUUUGGAGCCAGUGUAGACCAGGAUGUGUUGCUUUCCUACCCCUCCAACGACAUCCCCGUCGCCCUCGCCCGGGCCUUCAUCAUCCUUUGUGUGCUGACUUCCUACCCCAUCCUGCAUUUCUGUGGCCGGGCCGUUCUGGAAGGCCUCUGGCUCCGCUACACCGGAGUGACGGUGGAGGAGGACGUGGUUCGGGAGCGGAGGAGACGCCUGCUUCAGACCAUUAGCUGGUUCCUCCUGACCCUCCUCCUGGCUCUCUUCAUCCCUGACAUCGGCAAAGUCAUCUCUGUCAUUGGAGGCUUGGCCGCCUGCUUCAUCUUUGUCUUCCCAGGGCUCUGCCUGAUUCAAGCCAAACUCUCCGAGAUCCAAGAAACCAGAGCAGUCAGCUGGUGGGCGCAGGUCGGCUAUGGGGUGUUCAUGGUCACCCUUGGAGCCUUCAUCUUCGGACAGACCACGGCCAACGCUAUCUUCGUGGAUCUCGCAGCCUGACCCCUCCUCCAGGCAGGACCCUGCUGCUGCUGGGGGAAGUAGAUUUCCCAUCAGACUGAGGGGGAGCAGGGAGAAAACAUUUUAGCAUAUCGGGAACAUCCAAGAGGAGUGUUGAAAUGCGGGGCUUCACUGGAAGAGCCCUGCAGGGACUUGUGUCUUGUUGUCUUAACACACCAGGCAGUCAGGCUUGCCUUCCCAGUCCUGACUCCCUGGUGACGGAGGAGAACCCCGCUCACUCCGUGCUGACAUCCAGGUCAAAUCCUUUCUGCCCCUCCAGGGUCGGCUUCACUAAGGGAUCCCGUCUGGGGUUUGCACAGGAAAGCACACUGCAUCCCUCAUUGUCGGGGGAACUCCUUUCCAGCACUUUCACAGCUUGAAGUCACAGCGUUGGAGGGAGGCAGUGUGUCUUAUUUAAAGGGAACUAGGGAUCGUGCUUUAAUUUACAGUUGGUGAGAGCGUGCUGUGAUCAGAGCAUAAAACAAAUGGUGCAUCUGCAGAAAGGGAGAAAGCAAAGGGCGUUCUGCCUCUCUGAGCAGCGCUGGGGCGAUGGGCCCCGGCUGAUCUCCGUCACCUCAGAGGGAGUGAGUUUUACUGUGCAUGAGCACAGCAAUUCCUCCAUCACCUUAAACCCAUUAGCUUAGACAGAGCGACAUCCCCGUGGUCCUCCUCUGUGUCAGUGUUUGGUUUUAAGUUUGCCUUCCUGUGGCUUGUCCUGCCAGCCUGCUGUCCUAUCCCAGUGCUAGCAGGCGUUUCCCCUUCCAUUUUCCUCUGACCAGGCUGCACUUGCUGUUAGGAAGUGGGAAUGUCGCAUUGAGCCUGAUUUUAAUGUGCCAUUUGUGGGAGGGGGAUCGGGAAGACCACAGGUGCAAAGUUUACAUUGCCAGCCCCAGCCUCGGGGCUGGUGGCCUCACUGGAGAAGGUGCUGUGAACUGCAUCCACCUACUGGAAACACUACGCUAACACCAAGCUCUUAAUCUCAAAUCCUGUUCUUCUGAGUGCGUGGCCAAGGAGUGGGCCAGGUGUAGGUUUUAAGGGACGCUCUGGGGAUAAAGCAGUCAGUAUUAAUCCAUUUUAUAUUGUUCCCAUGGUCAUUUACGCUGUGGCUGGUGCUGCUCUGGGAUGUUCCUCCUUAGCCUUUCCCAAUAGUUUCACUUCUGCUUCUUGGUUGUUUCUUUGGGUGUAGAAGUUCCCCCAGCUGCAGAUGUGGCUUGGGGCAGUUAAAUCUCGGUAGCCAGCUGCUCUUGUUGAGACUAUAAGAUCCCUUGGUCUUUGGCUUCUAAAUCCCUGGGCAGGGAGAGAUGGGUGUUCAUAUAUCCUUGUGUAUGGUCUGGAAGCAGCACUUGGCAGAUGUGGGACAUGGCCCAGCCUGUGGCAGUGGGAAGAUGAACAGUGACAUGUUGAUGCAGUCCUUGCCACGUUCCUUUCCCUCUGUGACCAGCCAGCAGUGGGUGGGAGGACAGCCCGCGGGCAUGGCUCGCUGGUGGCAUUCAUCCUCUUCCUGCAGCGCUUGCAGUGUAGGGGUGUGCUCUGACAAAGGGUGGUUCAACCUGGCUCUUGCAUUCUGCAGCUCCCAGGCAGUGCUGGCACAGCUCUGGGAAGGGCUUUUCACCGAAUGGCACAUUCCUUCCCAGAAUCUGCUCUGUAAUUUGAAUACCCCCCAUCUCCCUUAGUCUCUCUGAGGUGAGAUGGGGAAAUCCAGAUGGAGAAUGAGAAGGAAAUCCCAAAUAAAUUGUUUUGGGGGACUGUGUGAA